UAAAUAGCAAAAACUUUCUGAAUUCAUCCAUGGAGAUUCAUGUCAAGGAGACAAAUCUUGUACGCCCUGCUCAAGAGACUCCGAACCAUUCUCUAUGGGUCUCUACUUUGGACCUGUUGAUGGCAGAAAGACCUCAGGUCCCUCUUGUCCACUUCUUCCGGCGGCCACCGCUGCCGGCGUCUGAUAAAUCCAGUUUCUUUGACACCUCUCUGCUUAAGGAGGUUUUGAGCAAAGCUCUUGUGGCGUUCUACCCUUUGGCUGGGAGGUUGGGAAAGGAUGAAAACGGGAGGCUGCAGAUAGAGUGCAAUGGAGAGGGAGCUUUGUUCGUGGAGGCUGAAACAAGCUGUGUUAUUCAUGAUGAGUUUGGUGAAGAUGACUUCUCUCCAAGCUUGAAGAUGAGGCAGCUUGUUCCUACUUUUGAUUAUCCAUCAACUCAAAUCUCUUCUAAUCCAUUGCUUCUCUUACAGGUAACUUAUUUCAAGUGUGGAGGAGUUUGUCUUGGGAUCGGGUGGCAUCAUAUAUUGGGAGACGGAACUUCUGCCUUCCAUUUCAUCAACUCAUGGGCUGAGUUAACACGAGGUUUGUCCCUAAUUAGCAUCACGCCAUUGAUUGAUCGAACCAUACUUCAAUCUCGAGCCCUGCCUUAUCCUAUAUUUGACCAUAUUGAAUAUCACCCACCUCCUUCCAUGAAUUUUGAAGAAUUACAAUCAAGUCCUUUACCUACUUCCAUGGCCAGACUUAAACUAUCGCUUGAUAAAAUCAACACCCUUAAAGCAAAAUUCAAGAAAGAUCAUGGUGUCAUGUAUAGCACUUAUGAAAUUCUUGUCGCACAUAUAUGGCGUUGUGCGUGUCUCGCACGUAGAUUGCCCGAUGAUCAAGUAACUAAAUUGUACCACUGCCCAUAA